AGUUUUCUCCGAGCCUUUCGAGCCUUUGCUUCAACUCGCUUCUAAAUUAAAACAAAAUUUAUAUUUUCCUUUAAAUUUUUACCGGAAUUCAAGUCAAUUUCAAAAUGUGCGGAGGCGGUUGCGGUUGUGGCCCAUGCGGAGGCUGUGGCCCAUGCGGUGGUUGUGGACCCUGCUGCGUCUGUCCCACGCGCUACUUGAAGAGAUCAGAGGAGCAUAUGCCCUGUGUGUGGUGUGCACCAUGCAAAGCUCAUUGCUACAACACCCCACCCAAGUGCUGUUGCUAGAGGCCUAAGAGCUUUGCAUCGGUACGGAGUCUCCUUUAAGGAAAAUCUUAUCGCUAACUACCAACUCCACUACUUAUCCUAUUCUUACUGUCGAAAAAUAAGAGGAAAUAUCCCGAGCUGAUGUGAGCUUAGGUUAAUAGUGAUUGUAAAAGUGUGAAGCUCGUCAAUUUGGAAGCAGGUUGGACCUAAAAGGAUGGCAUAAGGCUUUUGAGCUUGAGCAUGGACUAUCGAAUAUCAGGCAUUACCAUAUAGCAUGGUAAAUACUAAGCCAAACUUCUAUCAACCGAGACACUUGACUCGACUCAU